AUGAAUGUGGCAAAGUACCCCAUUGGAAUUCAUUCUCGUGCUAGAGAAAUAAUUCGUUUAUUGCAUAGUCAAAAAACGAAAGAUAAUGUUGGGAUGAUUGGACUUUAUGGCAUGGGAGGCAUAGGUAAAUCUACCCUCGCAAAGGCUAUAUACAACUUGAUCUUUCAAAAGUUUGAAGGUAGUAGCUUUAUUGAAAACAUCAUAUCCGUUUUAGAGGGACAACAGAAUGGUAUUGUCAAAUUACAAGAGAAACUUCUUUGUGAAACACUCAAACGAAACAAAUUUGAAAUAGCCAAUGUUGACAAAGGAAUAAGUUUGAUCAAAGAAAGGUUGCGAUCAAAAAGGGUUCUUAUUGUUCUUGAUGGCCUAGACCAUAUUAGUCAAUUAGAAUCAUUAGCUCAACAAGAUUGGUUUGGUUCAGGGAGUGUAAUUAUAUUAACAACUAGAGAUAUUCAUUUGUUGAGUGACCUUAGAGCACACGAGAAGUACAUGGUCAAAACUUUAAGCUUUGAUCAAUCUUUAGAACUCUUGAGUUGGCAUUCUUUUGGUGUCCCUAAACCAUUAGAUGGUUAUGCUGAAGUAUGCAAAAGUGUAGCAAGGUAUACUGGAGGACUUCCAUUAGCCCUAACAAUUAUAGGUUCUUAUUUGCGUGGAAGAUCUGUGGAAGAAUGGAGCAUCAAUGUAGAGAAAUUAAGAAGAAUACCACAUGCUGAUGUGCAAAAAAUUCUUAAAAUAAGUUACGAUGCACUUGAUGAUGAUACUCAGAAUGUCUUUCUCGAUAUUUCAAGUUUCUUCCUUGGACAGAACAAAAAAGAAAGUAUUAUGAUAUUGGAAGCUUCUAGAUUUCAUGCUGAAACCGCAAUUAGGACUUUGACAGAAAGAUGCUUACUAACAAUAAUAAGUGAAUACGGAGAAAAUGAAAGACUCCAUAUGCACGAUUUAGUUCGUGAUAUGGGGAUAGAAAUUGUUCGAAAGGAAUCUCCUCGGGAGCUUGGCCAACGAACUAGAUUGAUUGACCCAAAAGAUGUCUUUGACGUGCUUCAAAGCAACAAGGGUACGGAAUCAAUCGAAGGGAUUAUGUUAAAGAAUCUGUCUUUGAGUACCAAAGCACUUGAAAGGAUGGUAAAGUUGCGAAUACUCAAAUUGAAUAAUGUGCAAUUUAAAGGAUCUUUUGCAUAUCUGUCCAACGAACUUAGGUGGUUUAAGUGGCGUAAUUGUCAUUUGAAAUGCAUACCAUCCAAUUUCCGCUUUGAAAAACUUAUUAAGUUGGACAUGAGCAAUAGUGCUAUUGAAGAAUUUAAAGCCAGUAUGCAGAACCUUAAAUGCCUGAGGAUCUUAUACCUCAACGAUUGUAAGCGCCUUAAGAAGACACCAGACUUCACUGGGGCACAGAGUCUUCAAAAAUUAUCCUUCAAACAUUGUUUUGAUUUGGCCAAGGUGCACCCUUCAAUUGGGAAUUUGGAGAGUCUUGUUGAGUUGAAUUUCUGGGGAUGCAUUAAACUCAAGGAACUGCCCAAUAGCGUUUGUAAGUUACAAUUACUAGAAGUUUUGAAUGUAGGUUAUUGUGUCACACUCAAAGUGCUUCCAAUUGACUUUGGAAAAUUACAGACACUAAGAGAAUUUAGAGCUAAUGGUAGUUCUAUUUCACAUUUACCCUUUUCUUUGGGAUGUUUAGAACAUCUAAAGCUCUUAUCCCUGGGUGGGGUGGGGGUGGGGGUGAAAACCUUAACACAUCAUUCCUGGUUAAGAACAUCUUGUGAUCCUGCUAAUGCUAGUUUGUGCUCAUUGGAAGGAUUAGAUUUAAAGGGAAGUUACUUUCUUCAAAACUUAUCCUUCAACCUUUGCGAUCUUUCCAAUUUGGAAUACCUCUACUUGGACGAUUGGCGGAAUAUUAGAGCAAUCCUAGAACUUCCUCCUAGUUUGAAGAAGCUCUAUGCAAGAAAUUGUGUCUCAUUAGAAAAAAUAGCAGAUAUAUCAGCCUUGAAAAAACUCGAAAUAUUGUGCAUUGCUGGUUGCACAAGUUUGGUUGAGCUCCCUGGCCUGGCGAGUCUCGAAUCCUUGGAAGGACUCGAGAUAACAAAUUGUAGUGCUUUGACUAUUCCUCGGUUUGGAAACUGGUUCCAGGCACAUUAUUGUGAAGGUGAUAGUGUCCGGAUUUGUGUUGAAGUAUUGGGAACUUUUGUACAAUGCUAUAUUCCAACAGUUUUGAGGCAUAAACAGCCCAUUCGAAUGAUUCAUAAGGCUUUUGAUGAUGAUUAUUUGUAUGGAUUUCAUGUGACUGUGAGAAACAAAACCACUGGUCAUUGGAUUCCAUUGAGAGACCAUAAUUUUCUAGAGUAUCGACUCUUACACUGUGAUGGUACGAUUAGACUUGAGUGUGGAUGGCCAAAAUGGGAACUGGAGAAAGAUGAGAGUAAAGGAAUUCGAUUUGAGGUCCCAAUAAUGGGUGGGGAGGAAUUGGAGGUGUAUGCAGAAUUGGAUCCUUCACAAAUUCUUUGUUUAUGUGAGUUGCAUAGAGACAGAGAUGGGGAGGUGCGUUUCUUUCCAUCCACAAGGGGAUAUCUGGAAGUUGAUGAAACAACAGUUUCUUUCAAUGGUCAGGAAGUGCAGCUCAUCAUCUACUGAUUUUCUAAAUAUUUGUAAAUUACAUGUUAAUACGAGUUAAUUUUAGGCAAAGGUCCCUUGUA